CGUGGCUCUUUCAUCAAUCUGUCACGAAAAUGACUAAGAAGAGGCGUAAUGGAGGACGCUGCAAGCGCAACCGCGGCCACGUCAAGGCCGUGCGUUGUACCAACUGUGCCCGAUGCGUCCCAAAGGAUAAGGCCAUCAAGAAGUUCGUAAUCCGAAACAUCGUCGAGGCCGCUGCCGUUCGUGAUAUUUCGGAUGCUUCCUGCUACAACUCUUAUGUUCUGCCCAAACUUUACGCAAAAUUGCACUACUGCGUAUCGUGCGCUAUUCACUCCAAGGUGGUUCGUAAUCGAUCGAAGGAAGCCCGCCGAAUCCGGACGCCACCUCAGCGAGCGUUCCCCAAGGAUAUGAACCGUCAGCAGAACGCUCAGCGCAAGUAAGAAACUGAACGUGUGACGGACUUUCUCCCGCGAAUUUAGAUCCUCUCACCAUUCCGAUUUUCCGGCUGUGGUCCGGGUGAGUGAGUUCGUCAGUGUAUACAAGUUGCGUUUAGAUACUUGAAAAAAAUAAGAGAGAAUACCGUUGAAAAUAAGAUUAAAAAAA